UCCAGGGUUUGUUUACACUCAUUGCAAUGGCGACCAUCUCUGAGUUGAAGGACGAUCGUAUUAUUGUCCACAACGAGUUUCUUAUCCGCUCUUCCGUCCAUUCACUCUUGCAGACACUGGAGUCCCGCGGCGUAAUGGGCCAGCUGAAGGCUCGGAUCCGAGCAGAGGUGUUCAGCGCCCUGGAUGAGCAGCGGGGAGCGCGGCCGUCGUUGUCCCAUGACAACCUGCUCAUAAACGAGCUCAUCCGGGAAUACCUGGAGUUCAACAAGUACAGGCACACAGCGUCGGUGCUCACAGCAGAAUCAGGCCAACCUGAAACUCCUUUGGACAGACAGUUUUUGGCCGCUGAGCUGAGAGUCUCGGAGGAUGCAAGCUCCAAGUCUGUACCUCUGCUGUAUGGGCUGGUUUCUCACUUCCUGAACAGCAGUGAUAACCGAGGGAAGGUUUUGCUGCGAGGUGCUGCUGUAAGUAUCUCAGCUCCUGGACAUGAUUCAUGACAUUCAGCUGCUGACCAGCGAAGCUCGCGGACUUAGAGGAUGCUUUGACUCUCCCAGGAGUUCUGCACCACCUACCUGAAUACAACUUAUUUUCUAAUAUUUUAUUUUGUAAUCUAGAAGACUUGCAGAAUGAAAGGCUUAAAGGGGAGGAUAAAUGGUAUUUUAUAAGUUGUCAAAGUGUGGGUGGAGGGAGGGAGUUUUUCUUUUUUUUCCUUGUUCUCUUUACACCAGAUGUGAACAAUACAUGUUGUACAAAAAUUCAACUUAUUCAUAUUUUGUGUUUACAAAUAUAUGUCCAUUUACACUUUUGAGAAUACAGAAUUCUUUAUUUUAAGAUAUAUUGAGCUUUAUUUGGAAAAGGUGCUGUUUUAAUUGUGUGCCACACGGUGGCGAUAUCACCACAGAAAUGGUAAGGACUGCUGUUUUAUCAGGAUAACCUGACCCGUCCCAAUACUGGUGUCCUACAAGCUUUAAAGUCCUUCAGUAAACCUGCUCUAAACAUGCAGGAUGCUAACCUGUGUCUUGAUAGCAGGUGUAGUAAUUCAGUUAUUCAGAAUGAGGUGUGUGGCAUCAGGGACUUAUGUAAAAGACUCGGGACACAAGCCAGAAAUGGACACCACCACCUUAGAUGGUGCGUUUUUAAAUAAUUUUUUGUAACUAGUUGACUGGUUUUUCCAAGAUCUAGAUUUUUUAUUUUUUUUAUCUACAGAUGUUUUUGUAGUUUACUUGUUUUUAUAAACAAUUAACCCGUAAAGUUACAUUAACAUACAUUUUAUUUGAAAGUCUUUAUGGUAAUACAAAACUCAAAUGUAAUUGGGAGUCAAAAUCAGAAUUUCGUUCAUAUCAGAAAUCAUUAUUUAUCAUCAGUUUGCACCUCAGCACCAUUAAAUUCAGCCCAAAUACGUCCAGUGGCUAAUUUACCAUAGUUUGAGAAUGAAAGAAAACUAAACAGAUCAUAUUUAGAAAAUAGUGUGUUCUACUGUUUUCAUAAUUUACCUGUAGAACAUUUGAAUUGAUGUUGAACAUGUAUUUGUAAGUUUCCAACUUUUUUAAGUGUUACAUUAAGAGGAAAGAAAGUGCCAUACAAGCCCAUAUUGACUGUUGGAGCCGAUGUUCCUGUUUUCACAAGUUGAAUUUUCUUCUCUACUUCAUGGGACAGUUGUCUGCAAACAAGACAGCUUGUAUAGUAGCAUUGACUCCAUUUGUCUUUUAGAUGUAGCAGAGAAAAAAGUCAUGUUUCCUUCCAAGCUCAAAUUAACUUGAAAUUGCAUUCCAAGAGGGUCAAACAUAUCUAUAAACAUAUUAUUGCUCCAAUGGAUGGCCAUCUAUGGACAUAAAGGCAAAGAAAAUGAAACAUUAGGACUGUGAUCAAAAUUUCUAUAUGUAAAAAAAAAAUCCUGUUGUAUGUUUUGUCAUUUUUUCAUUUUGACGCACCAGCCUGCUGAGAGGUUCACAUGCAAAGCAGUUUAUGUGAUGGACGGCUUCUCGGUGACCUCAUGUAAUUUCAAAGUGCUCUUCAAAAUAACAUUUUAUUUUGAGUUGUUAAAAAUAUUCCUGAUUUUGUUCCAUUUGGAUGCGUUCACUUCGCAGUAUCUAGUUCCUGACUUUCUACUCACGUUAUCUCCCUCCCUGCUUUUUUGGAUUUGCCCCAGCUUUUAAUAAGGGAGGAAGGGAAAAUGUUUGGGCAAAGUAAAGUUCAGAUCUUUGUUUUAGAACGCUCUGCUCUCUGCUCUGAAACUUUGUGUUCUUGCAGUUUAGUUUCAUGAUUUCUUACAAAUUAUGUGACUGAAUGGACUAAAAAAAUAUUUGUUACAGAACCAACCAAAGACUAUGAGGGGCCUUGACCGCAAUUGGAUUUGGGGCCCUAAUUCCAGUUUUUUUACUAAUAGCAUUAAAUCAGUUGUGUAGCCAAGGUUAUUUCUGUGAUUUAUUCAUUUGGUUUAGCAGUGCAGAUUUUCAUAUAGAGUAAGGAAAGAGGGCCCAGUUUCCACACAUUUAUUAUGUCAUUUGCAUUUGUAUUCAUUUUCACUUCAACACACCGCAAUAAACUUUAAGGAUACAAUCCA